CUCAUUGAUCACUGCACAAAGCGGCAAACUUUACUCGUCACUGCGAAUUGUUUAUCGUAUGUGUGUAUUGACUUUUUGCGCGAAUUUCAGCUAAAGUAUUCGCAAAUAAAGUGAGAUAAUUGCUGUGAUCGAUUAAUUGUUAAGGAUUCAGAUAAUUAAAAAUGGUUCUUACGAAAGAAUAUCGCAUUUGUAUGCCACUUACUACGGAAGAGUACCGCAUUGGUCAAUUAUACAUGAUUGCCAGACAUAGUCAUGAACAAUCGGAUAAUGAUGAAGGAGUAGAAGUAGUAGAAAAUAGUGCAUGUGAAGAUCCUGUUCAUGGGAAAGGCCAGUAUACUGAGAAAAGAAUUCAUCUUUCCAGUAAACUCCCUUAUUGGAUACAGUCUAUUCUACCACGAAUAUUUUAUGUGACGGAGAAAGCAUGGAACUACUAUCCUUUCACUAUCACAGAAUACACUUGUUCCUUCAUACCAAAGUUUCACAUAGCAAUAAACACGCGGUAUGAAGAUAACAAUGGCUCAACUGAAAAUUGCUUAGGAUUGUCGCCCAUUGAAUUGAUCCAUCGAGAGGUCGAUUUUGUAGAUAUUGCAUACGAUGAGAUCUCCGCAAAGCAUUAUAAAGAAGAGGAAGAUCCAAAGUUUUAUCAAUCACAACGAACGGGUCGCGGCCCUUUAGUUGAAGGUUGGAGAGAUACAACACAACCAAUAAUGUGCUCUUACAAAUUGGUUCAUGCCUCAUUCGAAGUUUGGGGUAUGCAAACGCGAGUGGAGGAUUUUAUACAUAGAUGUAUAAGGGACAUCCUGCUAUUGGGCCACAGACAGGCCUUCGCCUGGAUCGAUGAGUGGUAUGACAUGACACUGGAGGAUGUACGGCAAUACGAACAGAAGAUGCAAACUGAAACAAACGAGAAAGUUAGGCUGAGGAAUCAGCUCAACGAAAAGCCGACCAACACACCAUCCACGUCCGUGCCGGCCACGCCGACUAUGCCGACCACGCCGACCACGCCGACCACGCCGACGGCAAAAUCGCCAACACAAAAUCGUUCUUGGUUCUCUUGGUCGUAGCUACAAUUAAUAUAACAAUCGAUCCCGUCCGCUGCAACAGCUUUUUGUUGCUUCGGUUAAUAUUGCGCGAAGGAAACGAAUGACAUUCUCUAUUUCCCACGUUCAUGUAUAUAUUGAGUGUUCCAGAGAUUGCGCGAAUCGGUAACUACGACAUAUUCUUAAAAUAAAUUUUGCAGUAUAUAAAUUAAUCAGUGAUCUAUGAAAUUUUCUUUGAGAUAAGAAAAUUUUCGAAAGUACAACUAAAUUUAUUUUUAUUACUAAUUUAAUUUCGUUAAAUAAUUCAGCGUCUUUUGUGAAAGUUUGUUUUAUGAAGAAUUAAAAAAUAAUUAUAAAUAAUGGCUUUAAUUUCAAAGAAGAAAAAAACCAAUCUUUUAUUAAAAGAAUACGUCUAUAAUUAUUGAUUAUUGCUUUUCUUCUGGGACGUCUCGUAUACAUACAUAUGUGUAGUUCCUUACAUGUAGGCUUGUUGUGUUUUUACUUCCGUUUGGAUGUAUCAUGGAAGAACGCACUCGAAAACGUCGCACUGUAUGCGGUUAGACUGCUCACUUUUAAGGAUUCAAUCUCAAAAACGCCUAAACAGAAAACUGGUCUAAGUCAUCCUGAAAAUGGCGUGAAGACAUGUGAAAUACCUUUGUCUUUUCUAUAACUAGUUUAGAUUUAAUUUAAAUCACACAUUUACAAUCACACCUUGUACAUCCUCAUAAAUUCCAUUCGCGUUUUGUUGGUGAGUUAGCAAUAAAUUAUUACUUUUAUCGUGCAAAAUUGUAUCCUAUAAUUUAGUAUACCAAAUUUUUAUUUACCAUGUGAUGUAGAGGCACUUGAAAAUAUACAUGGAAAUAUAUGUGUUUGCAAAUAA